CAAGACUUAGGACUUCCUUCCUUCCUACCCUGGAAACAAGGGCCAAUCAAAAUGAAGCUGCUUCUUUGGGUUUGCAUCGUGUGCGUUGCUUUUGCAAGGAAGAAGCGUUUUCCCUUCAAUAAGAAAUCUUUCUCAUCCUCAUCCAGUGAAGAGGAUGUCAGUAGCUAUGGCUACCCACUUAAUCCAUCUCUGGAUAUUCCUUAUGGCUCACCAAAUGAUGAUUUCCCAACUCGUCGUUUGCCUACUCUUUCCUACCCUCAAAUGAAUAGUGGAAUGAAUAGUGGCCCCAAAUACCCUGUAGCUGACUCUGAAUCAGGGCAAUCUCCAUAUCCUUGGGUUCAGUCUGCUUCUGGCUCUCCCUAUGUGUACCAAGUCCCUAGUUAUUCCCCACCUCAAAUGAACGCUCCUGAAGCUCCCGCUGCGGCUGGUCCUUGGGCUCCCUCUGCUGCUGCUCCUCUGGUUCCUCACCAUUAUCCUCCUCCACCUCCUCCUCCUCCUCCACCUCCUCCUCCUCCUCCCCCUCCACCUCCUCCCUCCUCCAGUGUUUGA